AUGAGUUGCGUAUCAAAUUUUAACGAACCAUUCGCGCACGGUCCCGCCCAGAUCAACGGAAGCCGCCACCAUCCCCUUCCGAUAGGAUUUUACAAAUUCUCGUGAUAAGGGCGAAGAAGGAUUUUAUUGAUUGACGUCGCCUAUCCCCUCGCUUGGCAAUGGCGAGUGUUUGCCACAGACAGAAGAAGUCUUCAAUUCGGAUUUUGUUUCUGCUGAUAGCGAUCGCUUGUUGCGGAAACAUAGCUUUCGCCGUGAGAUCUGAUAAGGAAAUUAGGGACCGAUUUUACGGAAAUUUAGUUAACUCGUCUGCUCCGGAUAAUGGAGAAGGCAGCAUCGCGAAAAUGUUAGGUCGCGUACUGGAUAAAGAGUUUCCAGAGAACGAUCAGUCUGAAGGUUCUGAUAAAAGCAGCUUUAACAGCUCUGUAGCUGAUCAAGAAGCCGUGCUGGAGACUGUUGCGGUGAUUACACAUGAGAAGAAAAAUGAAUCACGUGAGGCAAAUGGCACUAAACAUUUUCAACUUCAAGAUGUUUUUUCCCUGGAAAAUGAAAACUCUGAAGACGUGACAACAUUGAUAGACAAAAAGGACAAUGUGUUUGUUAUGUCGAAUAAGAAAUCAAAGUAUCCAAUGCUUCAAGUUGAUCUGAGGCUUAUUUCUGAUCUGGUGGUUGUUAUUGUCUCUGCUGCUAUUGGUGGAAUUAUUUUUUCCUGUUUGGGACAACCGGUUAUAGUUGGAUAUCUUCUAGCAGGUUCUAUAAUUGGACCUGGGGGUCUGAAAUUCAUUAGCGAAUUGGUACAGGUUGAGACCUUUGCCCAGUUUGGUGUUGUGUUCCUUCUCUUUGCUUUAGGUCUUGAGUUCUCUCUGCCAAAGCUAAAAGUUGUAGGCCCUGUUGCUGUUCUUGGAGGGUUGCUUCAAAUAGCUUUCUUCAUGUUCUUCUGUGGCAUAACUGCAAUGUUUUGUGGAGCAAAGUUGUCAGAGGGUAUCUUCAUAGGCUGCUUUCUCUCGAUGUCUUCAACAGCAGUGGUGGUGAAGUUUCUGGUUGAGCGAAACAGUAAUAAUUCUCUCCACGGUCAAGUGACAAUUGGCACACUUAUAUUCCAGGACUGUGCUGUUGGUUUGUUGUUUGCAUUAGUUCCAGUUCUUGGAGGAAAUAGUGGAAUUCUGCAAGGAAUGAUUGCGAUGGGAAAAUUGUUGCUGACCCUGUCCCUUUUUCUUUUUGCCGCAUCUGUUUUAACGUGGUCAUUUGUUCCUCGUUUUCUAAAGCUGAUGAUUCAGUUAUCUCCUCAAAGCAAUGAAUUAUACCAACUAGCUGCAGUGGCAUUCUGCUUAUUAUCUGCAUGGUGCAGUGAUAAGUUGGGUCUCAGUCUGGAGUUGGGUUCAUUUGUGGCUGGAGUUAUGAUAUCUACCACUGACUCUGCACAACAUACGUUAGAACAGGUGGAGCCGAUCCGUAAUCUCUUCGCUGCUCUAUUUCUUUCUAGUAUUGGGAUGCUCAUACAUGUACAUUUCCUGUGGACGCAUGUGGAUAUAUUGCUUGCGUCUGUUAUUCUGGUGGUUGUGGUUAAGACUGCUGUUAGUGCGACAGUCACAAAGGCGUUUGGAUAUAACAUCAGAACAUCCUUUAUUGUCGGACUUUUGCUGGCACAAAUUGGAGAGUUUGCAUUUGUUUUGUUAAGUCGUGCGUCAAACUUAAAUAUUGUUGGGGGCAAGAUAUACCUUCUUCUGCUGGGAACAACGGCUUUGAGUCUUGUCACAACUCCUAUCUUGUUUAAACUUAUACCUGCUGUGAUGCACCUUGGAGUUGUUAUGCAUUGGUUUCCUCCUGAGACUAUCCCACAAGAUGAGGAGAAAGUUUCCCUGAUUGAGAUACAUAACAGGCUAUUAUAGCGUAUACACGAUUGAGAUUACCUGCCAUCCACACUGUAGUAACAGAAGCUUCAGUUAGGUAGCAAAAAGAAAAGAAAAAAAGAAACUGUACAUCACCAAGUUUUGGCAAGUGCUAAUUUGGUCCAAGCUGAAACGUCAAAUUUCGUUCCUGGGUGUGUAUAUAUACAUAUAAAAUACUCCGUAUGUAUAGUUUUUGGGUAUUAAAAAUAAGCAUAGCGGUUUGGACCUCACGUUGUUAUAGUCAGCUUUGAAUAUUGCUGCGAGCGCGUAAUUGUUAGCCAUAAAAACAUGGGAAAGCGUAUAUAUAAAAACUAUAGUAGUUAGUUUCCCUGAUGAUUGGGCCAAGUGUGUUUGUACUAAUACUCAUAAUAUGAGACGAUAUUGCUUCUAGAUUUUGUGAUGACCAAAUUAUAUCUUAAAA